AUGGACCAAAAGACCACAGUCACACUCCUAGAGCUUGCUGCAAAGAGUCUGCUGAAUAAUGAGCCUGCAGCUAUCCAUGCCCUGGACGAAAUCCCAAGAGACCUCUUUGUUCCAUUGUUCAAUGCUGCCUUCUUGGGUGGGCAUAAGACGAUGCUAAAGGCAAUGGUGCGGGUUUGGCCUUUUCGCUGUCUCCAUAUUGGGUCAUUGAACACACGAGAGUCAUACUGUGACAUCUUGGAAGCCAUGAUUGAUGGUCUGCAGAUCCUCCCUGCCCAGAACUCUUCCUCUUGUAAAGUUCAGCAGAACUUUGGGUCCUUGCACCUCUGCUGCAGAGGUUUGCGAAUCGAUAGAAUGUCUGCCCACAAAAGUAUCCUGCAGUUUCUGGAUCUGGGGUGCAUUGAGCACCUGGAAAUAGAUCAGGCUAAUCUGAGUGAAGUCGUCACCCUUUUGGCUCGGGUGAUCCACCUGAACAGCCUUACUCUGUGUAACAUCCCCUUUAAGUCUUAUAAGAGAAGGAACUUCAGAUCUUUUCUCCUCUGCCUUGGGCAGCUGGACAAUCUCCAGGAGCUCAGCUUGACUUUCUUCUGCCUCACAGAUCAACUGCACAAACUGCUCAGAGUUGUGCCACCUCAGUUGGAUACACUGUAUCUACCUUUCUGUAGCCUUUCUAACAGAGAUGUCACUGUCCUGUCCCAGAGCUCUCAGGCCACCCACCUAAGGGUAUUGAGUCUCAGUAACAACCAGAUCUUCUCAGAAGUUUAUGAGCCCUUCCAGACUCUGCUGGAGAAGGUCUCAAGCACCCUGCAACAUCUGGAGAUAAAUAAUUGUAUGAUAACUGAUUCUACUCUCUCUGCCGUCCUCCCAGCCCUGAGCCACUGUACCCACCUCCGUGUCCUUAGCUUUGCCUUCAAUCCCAUUACGAUGCCUGUGCUCAAGAGCCUUCUGCAGCACUUGACAUCCUUGACGAAGCUGAAGUAUGUGAUUUAUCCUGUCCCUGUCCAUUGCUACGAGGAAUGGAAUUUUCAUGACAGUUUGGACCGACAGAAACUUGCUGAAGUUCAGGCUCAGUUGGAGGCGAUGCUGCACGGGGCACAGCGGGACGACAUGAACUGGGCCACUUGUUCAAAGUGA